UACUGGUUCCUUAAAACUUGUUUCAUGCUUGAAGGUAAUGCCACUCAAAGGCACACCACCAACCCUGCGCUCAGCUAGUGGUCUGAUAUGGCAGCUGAUAUGGUAUAUUCUGAACUGACCCUUCCUCUUGGACAUCCAUCUCCAGGCAACCAGCAGCCUCCAGAUAAGCGAUGCAGACGCCUGCCAUUGUCAGCUGCCAUUGUGUUUCCCGUGUGCCUCCUGUUUGCGGCAAGCAUCACCAUUGCUGUUAUGGCACUGAGGAUACGAUCCUGCCCUGAGUGGUGGCAGCUGUACAAAGAAAACUGCUACUACUUUUCAACAAAUAAAAGCACGUGGGACACAAGUAGGGAGGACUGCAGAUCACGGGGGGCUAAUCUCAUCAAAGUGGAAGACCAACAGGAGUUGGAUCUUCUCCGUCAGCAGUCUAGAGUCCAUUUAACUUUUUGGAUUGGACUGAAGAGAAGGGACAAGUGGAGGUGGUAUACUGGACAGGCUUUCGACACCAAUAGGUUCAUUCCUGGUUCAAAUGAUAUCGGAGAGUGCGGCGGUCUGACUGAGAAGGGAAUAACAAAACUCAACUGUAGUUUGAAUCACCACUGGAUCUGCGAGAUGACAUCCACCCAUAUAUGAAAGACUGAAACACUGGACACAAGACCCUUAAUGCUACCCUCAUGGCGCAGACCUGUUACCACAAAAAAAAAAAAUAUUGCAAAACAAGAAAAGGAGGGUGUGUGGGAGAAAAAAAGCUGUUUUUGUGGAUCUGCUUAUAAAAGUGUUGGUGUAAGUAAACACACAAGUGUACUGCGGAAAGAUUCUGUACAAAGAAGAGUAAUGUGGAAGUCUGGGGACAUAUGUAGGGCACAUUACUUUUGUCACUUUUAUGAAUUUGAGGGAUGAAUGUGCAGACAGCAGGUGCUUGGUGACCACUUUGUUAGACCUGCUCAGAAAGGGCACCCAAAAUAUUAACAAUAAAUCAAAUCGGCAAACUUAAACAAGUUACACAGUUCAGUCGCAGAAGAGGUAAAACUAAAAGAUUUAGCAGCCCGAGUGCUUUCACAUUAUUAUAUGUAUAUAUUAUAUUGAGCAUGGACCUUCAUGUAAAUGGCAAUCCUGUGCUUGGUGAAAGAUAAUUGAUGGAGGAGACGGGCAGUUCCUAGAGCAACCUGCUUGGAAGUAUGAGAGAUGAUUGAAAAGUACUGAGAUUUUUAAAAUUCCGAAUCAGAUGACUCCACAGGCUCGGCACGUUUUUCUUUUUUGAAGUAGCGUCCUUCACGCUCAAAGUUUGUGUAACAUGGGAAUUCUGUCUUCUUGCAACAGUUUGUUAGCCUUUGGAAUGUUGACUUCCAUGACCGCGGUGAAUGGACUUCCCGAACGCUCUUCGUUAUUCACUUGCUUGUUGCCGACCCUAAAGUGCUUCCUCCACCGAAACAUGGCAGCAGUUCUAAUCGUGUCAUCACUGUAUGUCUGCCAUAACAUUUUCAGAGUUUCAUUACCACUCUUCCCAAGUUUAACGCAAAAUUCGACCACACGCCUCUGCCGUACUCUCACAGGAACAGUAACAGCAAUAGUUUGUUAACCUUGGCAAUGUUGACAUCCGUGACUGUGGUGGAUGGCCUCCCUGAACGCUCUUCGUCAUUCACUUGUGUGUUGCUGACUAUAAACUGCUUCCACCACUGAAAUGCUGCAGCACAGCUAAUCGUGUCAUCACCGUAUGCCUGCCGUAAGAUUUCAAAUGUUUCAUCACCACUCUUCCCAAGCUUAAUGCAAAAUUCGAUCACACACCUCUUCCUGUGACGUACUCUCACAGGAACGUCUUCUUCAUCCGCCAUAACAGCAACGGUUCAGUAUCCUUGGCACUGUUGACAUCCUUAACCGUGGUGGAUGGCCUACCCAAAUGCUUUUCAUCAUUCACUCACGUGUUGCCGCCACUGAAAGGUAGCAGCACAGCUAAUAGUUUCAUCACCGUAUGCCUGCAAUAACAUUUCAAGAGUUUCAUCACUGCUCUUCCCAAACUUAACAUGAAUUUCAACCAUGAACCUCUGCCUUACGCUCACAGGAACGUCUUCCUCAUCCGCCAUGACGACACUUAUGGCUCACUGUGACCGAACGCUGAAGAAUAUGUCGGCCCAUCUGCAGGUUCACACACAUUGAUGUAUGCCAUUCAUGAACAUCUACGCAGCAUUCUCAUGUCUGCCUCCAUGACAGAGAAACGGGGACAGUCCUGUUACUUAUGGAUCCACUUAAUGAGGUGGACAGCCAGUGGAUGUUUAAAAUAAAUUAAAAAAAGGUAAUGGCUAAUAUGUGGACAGUAUUUUUAGAUGUGUGUCUACUUUAGCCAUUCAUAUUUUUAAGUGAUAAUCUAAGAUUAAUAAAGUAUCUAUCUAUCUAUCUAUCUAUCUAUCUAUCUAUCUAUCUAUCUAUCUA